AUGGGCACCAUGGGGACGCGAGCAGCUGCCUUUACUGUGAAGGUAAGGGGCCUGCACGACUACCAUCUAAGACUUUUACAUGGUAUAAUGCCCCUACCUUCAGGACACGAUGGCGCUGCUGUGCUUAAAUACUUCUCUCAGACUUUACUAACUGUAUUACGUGAUGUCAAAGCAAAAGAAUCACCUGUAGAAAUGGUAAAGUCUCCAGAGUGUGAUGCUAAACGAAUGGCUCUUUAUCCAAACUUGGAUUACAAAGGACUUUAUAACGCAAUAGUUCAACUUGUAGAUAUUGUUCAUUUAAUUCAAUAUGGAGUUCAAGAGUUUGGUCAAGCAUUGCUCCAAUGUUUAGGGUGCCUUUUACCAUUUCUAGAGAAUGAUAUGAUAGACACAUUACCUUACCUAACUGCUUCUACUAUUGCUGUUCUUCCUGCUCCUCUUCAUCAAGAAAUAGUUAACCAAUUGUGCUACUAUGUUUUCCCUUUUACAUUAACGAGAAGAACUCACGAAGGUCAAGAAAACUAUGCAUCUCAUUCUGUGGCUGCUAUCCUCAUGCUUGUAUUUCAAUAUGCAGAAAACUCAGCACAACACAGCCAACUAAUGGAAUGUUUGAUGUCAAUGAAAUCUGACCUAGUGCGUGAUGUCUUUUGUGUUAUUGCCCAUGGAUCAACUGCCGCCCGAGCAUCUGCUGCUAAGCUUCUCUUUCACUUCUGGCCUUCAUUCAACACUUCUCUUGUUGACAGAAAAAGCUUACCUAACAAAUUUGUCACCGACUGGCCACCAUUUACUUGUCAAAGAGAUCAGUGUCCAAAUGCUGGCAAUGCAGAAGCUGCAAAAGUGUGUUAUGAUCAUGAUAUAUCCAUUAUGUUUGCUAAUGAAAGGCCUCCUCCUCUAUACUUAUGUAUUGAAUGUGCCAAUGAUAUUCAUAGCAAACAUGAAGAUAAGAUGUUUUUUGAUAUUUUGCACCCAAUGCAGCAAGUAGCUGUGAUAUGUGAAAGCAAGAACUGCCGUGCUAGUGACAAGACAGCAGCAACAGUUUGCUUCUCGGCAGAUUGUAUCAACUACAAUGGUAACCAUCCAAUACGGUUUUGUAGACAAUGUCAUGAUAAUCGCCACAACAAUCGAAGAGGAGGGGACCAUAUUGUUCAUUGUAGUUUAAGACAAGCAUGGGAUAUGGAUGAAGAAAUGCAAAGCUACCUUGUAGAAUCAAUUGUCAACCUUCUUAGGGAAGCUCAGUGGCAUGGGUUAGAAGUACGGCCAGGAGGUUUAUCUUCAGAAUUUACCAGCACUGCUAUAAGUAGUAUAGCAAGUAGCAGUGACCCUCCUUUACUGAUUGUGGAAGAUGAACUUGCUCAAGAUGAACGCCAGUUACUCGGUCGCUAUGGAGUGUGGCUUCUUGUUGGCCUGUGUACCCCAAAUGCUGAAACAACCCCCACUCACACUUUAGGUCGUCUUCUAGCUAUGCUCUUUCAUUGGUUCCACAUUACAGCAUUAUCUUUUGAUGACCAAGCUGAAAACACAUUAGAAGGAUUAAAAACAGACUUUGUCUGUGGAUGGCUGAAGGAAAUUUGCAAAUCUCAUUUCAAUGUGUUAGUGUCUUGUCUCCUGCCGCAUCCUCCUGACUACUCUAGAGUUGGUGGUCAUUGGGACACUAUGUCAUCUCGAACAUGCCACCUAAAGGAUGGACUUAAUCGAUUAUUCUGCCUUGUUCCAUAUGAGGUAGUUUCUCCAGAAAUUUGGGACCAUGUCAUGCCUCAUUGGAUGGAAUCCAUAGCCAGUGAUGUUCCAGCCAAAGAGUUGCAUGUAUUAAAAAUUUUGCUGAGCAAAAUUUUGGAUCCAACCAUGAGUCCUCUUGGCUUUGAUGAUAAACAGAUCUACAACUUUAUUGCUAAUCGAUUUAGCAAGACAGCGACAAAAGUCCAAGAACAAGCUCUGAGUUGGCUUCAGAUACUGACAACAUUAGAAAUAGUGAUACCAUUGCCUCUACUCUUCUCAAUGUUUAGUAAUGGUGUCACUAUUAUGAUGCCCUCUUCAACUAACAAGGACAAGGAAAAGUUAAAAGAGAAAGAUACUGAUAAGGAGAAAAUAAAAGACAGUGGUUCUGAAAAGAAACUCUGUGCUGAAGAAUCAGUCUGCAGGAGUAGUAUAUCACGGAGGUCUAAGGCUAAGCCACGGCCUCAGGGUUUGCCUUGCUUGGUCAAAACCAGGGCGAAAGGCAGCAGUGCGGUCUCUCCUGUUGUGGAAGAUGAUUCUGGCAACACAUCUGGAAUGUCAGAUGAUGAAGCUCGUGCCUCUAGACAUAUCCAAUUUCAAACCGCUGCAGAACUCAAUUUAUCAUGCUGCAUUCUAAUGCUUGACGUGCUUAUCAAACAGAUGGAACUUCAAGAGGUGGAAUCUCAUACGGGCAUGACCACAGCAAUAGCUCAAGAUGCAUGUCGUCUGUUGAAAACAAUGGUGGGUGCGUCUUGGAACGGCACCCACACUUGCUCAGACCGCAACGAAUGCAUGUUUUGCGAAUCAUGUGUCAUGUGGUAUCAACUUGCUCUACAGCUAGUCAAGUUUCUUGCCCCUGAGAACCCUGCCCAUCCACCAGAUCCGCCUUUGGUCGAGUCGAAUGGUGAUGACAGCCACAAGAGUCCUCCUGACUCUGACAAGCGGUGUGAGCCUAAACCGGACGUGGUGAUCAACAUGCCGCUGCUUGAGAUUCAUACGGUGGGCGGUCUGCUGGUCAAAAUGCCUAAUAUCAUGACAGCAACAGUAGAAACAGUAACAGAACAGCUAGACUUAGCUCUCAAUAUGCCCGACGAACGUGUUGCUCCUGCAGUGGCUCGGGCAGUAACACUUUCUGACACUGACGUUGCAAAUGCAUCUGCAAGUGUGGUAAAGGCUUCAUUAGUUGGAGAGGACGAUGAGCCUAUGGACUCAGAUGGAGAAGAAGAUCAAGAAAAUGUUUGGAUCACUUCCCAUGGGAAAUUCCAUUUUGCUCUAGAAUCACUCCCUCAGCAUCUGCAAUUCAUACAUCAGCUCCUGAAGGAGAUGACUCGGACAGAGGAGGCAGAUAUUCUUUAUCAUAUGCUUCAAUGCCUGCAUGUGCUUGUCCUUAAUGGAGACGCUUUAUCAAAAGCCACAAAAGAAUACAGGGGUUUUGUAAUAUGGUGCCAAGAAAAUCUUCUUAUAAAGAACCUAUGGGAACUAUGUAAUUCUGAGCGAUCUCAUAUUUGUGAAAUGAGUACUCCUCUUCUUCUGCAUUGUAUAACAUUGCCAUCGGGAUCAGAUGUAUUCUGGAAUAUAAUCAGGGAAGAUUUUCAUAGUGCUGAUUGGAGAGUUCGUUUCACUGCAGUUGAGAGAGUCACUGUCAUUGCUCGCUUCAUGGAUUCAACUCCUUUACGUAGCAGCAUGACGCUUCAAGCUGCACUUGCAACAGCUUUCUGUUAUCUAAUUUCGGGCAUGGAUGACAUCAAUGUACAUGUUUCUCAGAGAGCUACGUUAUAUCUUGGAACUAUACACGAUAGAGCUAUGAAAUCCCUCAUCAUGUGCCUUGAAACCCAGUUCGAUGCAUACAUAGUUGAUAGGCCAAUGGUUCUACAAUCCCUUUACCAAUUGCAUAACUGCCUAAGUGAUCGAAAAAUUCUCACUUGGGAGUUUUUUCUUAAUCGAUUUGAUACACUCUUUUUAGAGGCUCAAAUAAACCUUGAGAAGUCGGGUGAUAUUUCAUACCCUAGAGACCUUAGAAACACUGAUUUAAGCAGUGAAACUUUCAUUCGUAAGCUCAACCGAGCUCAUGAAGCCCUCUCUCAAUCUGACAGUAGUGGUGUUGCCUCCAAAACACUUAGCGCAAGUUUUGGCCAUAAAUGGCCAUACAAGCGUACUAUGUCGGCUCCUGCUGCAAUGGUUCCUAGGCAAGACACUAAACCAGAAAAGGAGAAAGUGUACAGUCGGCAGUACUCUGCCCCAAUAUUGAAGAGGAAAACUUCUCGGUUUGGCCUUGAUGGACACAUUCACUCACUCAAUACAGGCGAUGAUGGACAACUAGUUGGACUUCUUCAUCGUAUCAUUGACUUGGAAGAAGCUGAUCGAGAAACUAUGCAUCUUCUUGUUUUUCUACUUGUUCAGUUUUUAUCUCGAUCUGAUCAGGCUGCUCCCAGUGAAGAAUCUAAAUUAAAGAAGACUCAGAAUAUAGUCUUGCGUCAUUUGUAUUUACUGUUAGGCUACAAUGCCGCUGAUCGCGAACGGCCUGGUUUCCAUGUGCCUCCAAGCAGAUUGCGAACAUCCCCCGUUUUUAAUGUGUUCAUGGCCAACUUACCCCAAGUGCUAGAUCAGAACCAUCUCAUGGGAAAGCACAUGUUGCCCACGCUUUUGCUUCUGAUGCACUAUUGCCCAUGUCCUCAACAGCAUAGUCAUACUCCUGAUACUCAACAUGCUCCUCAUCACAGUUUGUGGUACUUGGAACCUCAUAAUCGUCGGUCUUGGUUAAUGGCUCUGAUUGUGUUACUGUACAAGUAUCCAUACGCAAACCCUCCUGACAAUAUAAAACUGCAAUCACUUGUUCGAAUAGUCUUGAAUACCUUAGAUGCACAACAACAUGUGUGCAGAAGAAUUCCUGCAACACUUAUGGUAGGAGCUCCUCCAUCCAGGUCAAGAGAUGUAAGUCAACCAUCUCUAGGUGCUGAUGGGGAAAGAAGCAGUGACAAAGAUAGAAUGGAGACUCCGCCUCUUUCCCCAAUGUACACAGGAGUUGAUCCCAUCGGCCUCAUCCACUCCUCAGGUAAAACAGGAAAGCACCAAGCACUUUUUCACCAAAAGUCUCCUGGAGUGGGACCAGGGGCCAGUUUAGAGACGCACUUAGAGGAGGAUGACUCAGCUGCUGGAGGAAGCCAAGACACCAAAAGAUUUGGAAGGCGUCCUCUAGGAUCCAGUUAUUCUACAGAGGCUGAUGAAACUGAGUCCGAAUUAGCUGCCAUUCCUGAAAGCCCUAAAUCUGAUAGCACUAUUCAUGAUACAGCUCAGGUGUCCAUGGAUGAAGUGGCUCCAGUGGAGGAGCUACCUGAUGCAAAGUUUAUAGAACACAGGUGUUCCCUGCCCGGCGACUCAUUUGCAACGACUAUAACUCCCAGGCGACCUAUAUGGUUUCUGGGCAGUGAAGACAAUACUUUACAGAAAUCCAUGAGUAUUGACCACGCAGGGAGCCAGAAAUGGGGUAUUCGUGAAGGGAUGAAAAUGAUGGUUUCUGCAUCAUUAUUUGGAACAGCCCAACCUCCCCCAGUUCGGACAGCUGUGGCGUCGGUCGUGGCUUCACCUCCUUGUGGUGCCAAUGGUGCCAACAACACAAGUAGUAGUGUAAAGCAAAGAAGUAAUAGUUUGGGAUCUAGUUCAAGCACUUUAAUAACAGCCACUUCCACCUCGGCAGCAGUAACUGCUGCAACCAUUGCAACUAUUGCACUUCCAAGGAACACCUCUGCCCAAGAGCAGUCCGAUAUUGAAAAAGACAGUGAUGCAUGGACAGGAGAUCAAAGUUUAGGUUCACCAGUACAAAGACCUCUAGGGAGGCAGAAGUGUGUUGAAACCUCAAGCACACCCACUGGAGCACCCUCUACUCCUGUAACUACUACUGCACCAACUCAAUUGCCAUCUGCAAUAUCAAGUAUGACUCAUGCUCCAUGGCAGUUGGACAUGUACACAAAGCCAUCCCUGCAACCCACCUCCCCACAGCCACAACCACUUCAUCUUGCCACUCCAGCAGUUGAGCGCCUGUUACCAAUAGGUGGCUCUCGCCCGUGCAACAAAAAUUCCCGGUUUCGGUCUGAUGAAAUGGGUUAUGGAUCACCUGAGUCACCCUUAUCAAAAAUGGAUGUUAUGACAAUAGGUUCACCUGUUGAAAUGGACAGUGAAAAUAAUGUAUCAGAGGUGACAUCACUUCAUAGCAUAGAAAUUCCACCAACAGAGAGACUUCUGCCAAUAGGUUCAAACAAAGAUAAUGUUUCCCAUCUUGUGGAAAGGGUAAGGCAGGCCCUUGGAGUUACUAUGGAUGGUUCUCAUGACAGGAGGAUGUCAGAUCUUGAUGUUUUUCUCCCUCCAGGGAAACCUGAAAGUGCUGACAAGCCCCAAUCUAGUAGGUCUAUUAGCCCAAGACGUCUCACAAAGCAGGUAGCUUUAGAAUCUCCUCCCCCAAUAAUGCAGCCAGACCCGGAAGAAAACCAUUCUUUUUACAGAUCUGUUCAUGAUAGGAAAGCCUCAGCUGCUGUGGCAACUCGCUCAGAUGAUCAUUUACGUAACCAGAGGCAGAAAGCAAGAAAGACUGGUCAAGGUCUAUUCAGUACAGGCCAUUAUUCUAUGACAGAAGCGCCUAGACAUUCAGGAUGGGGAGGUCCACAACUGCAACCUGAGCUAGAGCCGAUAGUUCAACAAGCAUGUCAUGCCAAUUUUAAUCUAAAGCAAAGUGCGCUUCGGGUUGGUGAAGACUGUGUUUAUGACAGAUGUUCUGAGUGUGGUGCAGUUCGUGAAGAAUAUAGUGAUGAAGAAUUAGGUUUAUGCAUUGUUGUUUUGGGGACAUUCAUUCAUAGAGAACCAGCUCUGGCAGCUCCUUUGCUACCUGAAAUGCUCAGUACCAUAGCAAAGGUUUCUUUAAAUGCUAUGUAUCCUUGGCAAUAUGACACAAACAUCUACCUGCCAGGCGGAGCAAUAAGUGUGGCUCACCAAUUCUUGAGAUGUGUUCUUCAUCAACUGGCUCCGAAUGGCAUCUUUAUGCAAAUGUUCCAGACCCAUGUAGAUGAUUGUGUAAGGUUACCAUUCUUCAGGAGUGUUGCUCAAGCACUGCAGGACUUCAAUGAGCUAAGUCCUGUUGCUCCUUUGCAAAUGCUUCUUGAGGGUUUGAACUCGAGGAAAACGCUUGCCAAUGAUGUUAUGCCGGUCGUUCUACGCAAUAUGGCCUGUUACCUUGACUGCUUACCCAUGGAUGCUGGCCUUGGUGCAAUAUUGGCUCAGUUGGAAGCGUUGUUCCGUAGACUAGCAUUACAACUGCAAAGCAUGGAUGGUGUGACUCCACUUCUUCGAAUUAUGAUAUCUGUUUUACGUAUCCAAGGAGUAGCUUCAUACAAGGGAAUCCUUGACCCAUUCUCUAAAGUUCUCAGCUAUAGCAUACUAAACUUUCCAAUUAAGUAUCACUAUCUGGUAGAUUUGUGCUAUCUGUGCAACCGGGCUUUUAUCAAGGAUAGGGAUAAAUUACUUCUGACUCGAAUGCUUGUAUUUGAUUUAGUACAGGCACUAAAGUUUAAAGUUUCUAUGCCUGAUAAUAAUUUUCUGACACUCAUUAACUUUAUCCUCCAGGAUGCUGGCGGCUCUUUACCCCUAACUCUUGCUAUGAGUCAAUUUUUGGCUGUUUGGCCUGAUCCAGGGCCUGUUUUUAACACUGGAGCAGCUGAAUGUAUGCGUCAGCACCUUGCAGAUGCAUUAGACUUUUUAGCUGAUUUUCAUACCCUUAGCAAAAUGAAGAGUCUCUCCAAAGAAGUUCCUGUAGGAUUGAAUGAAGAUACAUUAGGUGGAGUUAUUAAGAGUGGCAUUGCUCAAUAUGUUGCUUUGGAGAUAAGUCGUGGGAACGGUCGUGAUAACCGAGCAGUAGCACGCUACCUUCCUUGGCUAUACAGUGCCUCUUCACUUCAACAAGGGCCUCGGGAAUUUAUGGACUGUGUUGCGCACAUAAGACUGCUAUCAUGGCUGCUUUUGGGAGCUUUGACUCACACAGCUGCCCAUUGUUCAACAAAUGCUCCUUGCCAACCAGUACCUCAAGAUGCGAGCUGUCAUAUUUCCGACCACCUUCAAGCAAUAAUGACAGGAUUUGCUGAACAAAGCAAAACAUCAGUUCAUCAUAUGUCUUCCUUGUUUCAUGCAUUCAUUUUAUGUCAGCUUUGGACAGUUUAUUUGGAACAGAUGGCCAGCACAAAUGUACCUAGCAGUGAAGCUCAUGUCCUGACAAUGAGCAUUCUCCUUGAUUUCUGGGGCAAAGUUACACCUUCUGUUUUGCAAUUGGUUUCCCACUCACGCAUUUUGGCAGAAAUGGCUAAUCUUCACUUUUUAUCAUUAAUGGAAGCUUUAAUAGAAAGCAAUUCCACCAUCCUCAAUAAAUUGUUACCCGUUUGGAGCCCUGUAUUAUUUGCAUUUCACUUGCAGCUUCCAGGCCAUUUGCAAACGAGGUUGCAGAAUUGUCGAAACUUCCCUCCGUCCACAUCAGCUUUACCUCAACCACCAACUGCACAAGCAGGCAACCAGCCUGUCAGCAACCCUGCUUUACUGAAGUGGUUGCAACGUCUUCAGUUCAAAAUGGGUCAAAUUGAAGUGCAAUCGUCAACAGUAACACAGUUCUUCAGUGUCUGA